AUUUUUUUUCUUCCCAAACCCCCAAGUGUAAAAUAUUUCCCCCCUUUCUUCUUCUCCUUCUCCUGUCUCUGUGCCCUAUCGCUCUCACUCUCGCACACUCUCAGUUCACUCCGUUUCAAAUCGCUCCGAAAAAACUGGUUUUGAUGGCUUGAAUUAUUCUCUGAGUGCUUCUCUUGGUGGUUCAUUGGCAACUCAGGUGCAUUGGAAUAUUUGGAAUUCUGUUUUAUAAAAUAUUGACUUGGAGAGAAGCAAUGGCACCAAAUCCAAGAGUUGCAAGAGCAUUUCGUGCUAUGAGGAGUAUUGGCAUCAUUGAAGAAAAAGUGAAACCAGUCUUGAAAAAUCUUUUAAAAUUGUAUGACAAAAACUGGGAACUUAUUGAAGAAGAAAAUUACAGAGCCCUCGCAGAUGCUAUAUUUGACCAAGAGGAGACACAGGCGUCAGAGCAAAAGAAGAAACAUGAAAUCACUGAUAAAGAGGAAAUGGAUGAAGAAGCUCAGAUGCAUGAGGAGUCCGAACGUCCUCUAAAAAGGUUGCGCUUGAGAAACCAGAAUGAUCAUGUUUCACCUUCUUUUGGAUUGGGUGAAACUUCAUCAAGAGGGCCACCCAAAGUGGAGGAGGCUGAUCUGCCUGAGACUUGUCCCGAACAACGGUCACAGGAUAUGACACAGUCACCACAGCCACUUGUUAGAAACAAAGGAAAGCAACCUGUCUUGCCUAAGCCCGUGUCAAUACAGGAUAGUUUUGAGCCAUCUCAGCCAGGUGCUGCUGACAGAACUGAGCCAUUUGCUACAAGGAGAACUGAAUCUGAUUUGGUCCCUCCUCCAGUACAUCUCACGGGAAAAGGAAAGGAACCUCUCUUACCUCAAAUUGCUCCAGGAAUUUCUGUGAGGUCGCCUCAUGCAGUGCGCUUGAAAGAACCAAUGGGUGACACUGGCAUUGUCCUUUCACCCAAGCCGCACGUACAUGAUUCUCGUGCUUUGAUCAAGCCUAAAGAUGAGCCAUUCACUGAUGACAUACUGCAGUCAGAGGUUCCUAGUGCAGUGAUUCAUGGAGGUACAUCUUAUUUCCUGUGGUUGACCUGUGAUAAUUUUAAGUGCUUAUUGAUGACUGGUUUUGAUGGCUUGAAUUAUUCUCUGAGUGCUUCUCUUGGUGGUUCAUUGGCAACUCAGGCAAUGGCACCAAAUCCAAGAGUUGCGAGAGCAUUUUGUGCUAUGAGGAGUAUUGGCAUCAUUGAAGAAAAAGUGAAACCAGUCUUGAAAAAUCUUUUAAAAUUGUAUGACAAAAACUGGGAACUUAUUGAAGAAGAAAAUUACAGAGCCCUCGCAGAUGCUAUAUUUGACCAAGAGGAGACACAGGCGUCAGAGCAAAAGAAGAAACAUGAAAUCACUGAUAAAGAGGAAAUGGAUGAAGAAGCUCAGAUGCAUGAGGAGCCCGAACGUCCCCUAAAAAGGUUGCGCUUAAGGAACCAGAAUGAUCAUGUUUCACCUUCUUUUGGAUUGGGUGAAACUUCAUCAAGAGGGCCACCCAAAGUGGAGGAGGCUGAUCUGCCUGAGACUUGUCCCGAACAACGGUCACAGGAUAUGACACAGUCACCACAGCCACUUGUUAGAAACAAAGGAAAGCAACCUGUCUUGCCUAAGCCCGUGUCAAUACAGGAUAGUUUUGAGCCAUCUCAGCCAGGUGCUGCUGACAGAACUGAGCCAUUUGCUACAAGAACUGAAUCUGAUUUGGUCCCUCCUCCAGUACGUCUCACGGGAAAAGGAAAGGAACCUCUCUUACCUCAAAUUGCUCCAGGAAUUUCUGUGAGGUCGCCUCAUGCAGUGCGCUUGAAAGAACCAAUGGGUGACACUGGCAUUGUCCUUUCACCCAAGCCGCACGUACAUGAUUCUCGUGCUUUGAUCAAGCCUAAAGAUGAGCCAUUCACUGAUGACAUACUGCAGUCAGAGGUUCCUAGUGCAGUGAUUCAUGGAGAGCCAUUAAGCAUAGAAAAUUCUUCAAGUGCAAAUGGCUCAAUUGGAGCAUCUGAUGGUCCUGAACAUGUUGUAUCCCAAUCUGUAGAUGGGGAAGCUAGAAAUGAUGGUGUUCUAGCUUCAUCAAAUGAAAGGAGAACUGAUUGCAAGCUUGCAAACAAUGUGGAUGGGUCUUCUUCUAACUUAGAUAUUGCUUCCUCACACUAUGGAGAGGAACUGGGAACCGACUCUGCCAAUAAAUCACAGGAAACAAUUAUGCCAGCUGUUGAUUUAUUGAAACAAUCUAAUGCACUGGAUGCUUUGGGUGCUAGAGUAAAGCCAUUUGGUGCCUCUAAUGGAUCAGUCAUUACCCCAUGUGCUGUUGAAGUAGCAGAGUCUCAAAUUCCAAGACUUCCAUCAUCGUCCAAUGGGACAGAUGACUGCACACAAACUGAUAAGAAUACUAUUGAGAACAUCGGUGAAAUUGAUGAGGAAAAGGAACAGAAUAGUCUUGAGCAUGCAAAUCCUCAUAGUCUGUUGGCUCAGCAGCCUGAUGAUAUAAAGUCUCUUCAUGAUGCUAAUGACAUAGCCAAAGGACAAGAAAGAGUUGUGAUUUCAUUGGUAAAUGAAGUCAACAAUGAGUGUCCACCAUCCUUUCACUAUAUACCCAAAAAUGCAGUUUUUCAGAAUGCUUAUGUCAAUUUCUCUUUGGCUCGGAUUGGGGAGAAUUGUUGUUCGAUUUGUCUUGGCGAUUGUUUAUCAUCGUCAACACCUUGUGCUUGUGCAAAUGAAACUGGUGGUGAUUUUGCAUACACCUUAGAAGGCCUGGUUAAAGAUGAAUUUUUAGAAGAGUGUAUUUCGAUGAAUCGCGAUCCCCAAAAGCACUGCCACUUUUAUUGUAAGGAGUGCCCACUGGAAAGAUCAAAAAAUGAUGAUAUUAUAGAACCAUGCAAAGGUCACUUAGUGAGGAAGUUCAUAAAAGAGUGUUGGUGGAAAUGUGGCUGCAGUAAGCAGUGUGGUAAUCGGGUGGUACAGCGUGGUAUAAGUUGCAAUUUGCAGGUGUUUAUGACUCCUGGAGGAAAAGGAUGGGGUCUUCGUACCCUAGAGGACCUCCCAAAAGGUGCAUUUGUAUGUGAAUAUGUUGGGGAAAUAUUAACCAAUGCAGAGCUCUUUGAGCGAGUCUCGAAAAGCCCCAGCAAUGAGGAGCAUGCAUAUCCUGUGCUGCUUGAUGCUGAUUGGGGUUCAGAAGGAGUCUUAAAGGAUGAAGAGGCUCUUUGUUUAGAUGCAACACAUUAUGGAAAUGUUGCAAGGUUUAUUAAUCAUAGAUGUUUCGAUUCAAACUUGGUUGAGAUACCUGUGGAGGUGGAGACUCCUGACCAUCAUUAUUAUCAUCUUGCCUUCUUCACAAGCAGAAAGGUGCAAGCAUUGGAGGAACUUACGUGGGAUUAUGGUAUCGAUUUCGAUGAUCAUGAUCAUCCAGUCAAGGCAUUUAAGUGCCGGUGUGGCAGCAAGUUCUGCCGAAACAUCAAACGCUCAAGCAGAUCUAGAUCUGCAGCGAGUAGAAGAUGAACAUGUGGGGUUCAGGAAGCCAUUCACUAUUUUUCUUCCCUUGUUGAAGUAAAUUUGGUUAAUGAGACUUUGCUCCCAGAGGUUAUAACCUCUCAAUUGACUGGAUUUUGGGGUUAUUAUGAAAGCCUUGAGGAGUUGUUAGUUUUCGGGAUGCUAUUUUUAAUGGUGGCACAGCUUUAACUUGACAGAUACUUAUAAGCUUGUGUGUCGCAUGCCUAUUAUGUUGUAUUCGUAGCAUAAAGUAAUUUGCUGGAGAAUAAGGGUUGGCUGUGUCCGUUUCCCAGAUUCAGGCUACCUACACUAAGCAAAGACUGGAUAAAAAGUUGGUAUUUAAUUUGACAUUUCUUAUAAAAGCUUGUUUUCCCCAUUGAUAUUGUGUAUUAUAUGUAGCAGAGUAAUUUGCUGAAAACAAUGGUUGGCAAUGUUGGUUCCC